UAUUAAUAUUAAAAAAAAAACAGCAGAGACACAGACAGCGAUUCGUCGUUGGCAUUGGGAAAACCUCUUGAACACGUCGAAGCCAAUUUCGGUUUUAGUUGUGAGCCAACCUUCAGAUAGAAAAGCGAGCUUUUGUCGUCGUCUGCGUCUCGAUUUCUUUCCCGUGCUUGCAUUUGAUUUGUACCAUUAUUCGACCACUCUGACUUCGACUCCGCCCGGCCUCGCUAAUUAAUUAGCAAAAGCAUACCAAAUGCCGUACAUUAUCAUACGAGGAAAUCUAGCCUCCUACAGUCACAAAUAUCCAUGGCGUGUGCUCGUCUCUGGAUUGAAAGCUGACGACAUCGAGCAGUUGAAUAAAUUCUCGUGUGGCGGCUACAGUGAUGAGUCCACCAUCGUCUACUUAGUGCAUCCUUGUCGUAUUUUAUCGGCGCUCGAAAUAUUGGGAUUUCGCGUUGUGGCCAGCUCAUCGACAGCCGUGAAGCAGGACUAUAACGAGUAUAUGUGGACAAUGCGCAAGGAGUUCGACGAACCAGAACCCUUGGAGGCCGAGUCGGUUGUGCGCGAGAAUCUGUCGAAUAUUGGCCGGGAGGCAGCCAGCUUAGGCAACUAUCAUAAGGUGGAUUCGCCCGAAUAGGCAAAAUCAUUUCUCCCAAAACACAAUCUAAAACCAGAAAACAAUUCAAAAUAGUUGUAUAAUAUCGUGUGUGCGUGAC